UGAUGCUUCCGCUAAAUUCCUAACACAGAGGACACAUAUGCUCUUCUCUUGCGCGCUUACUGCAAUUCUGGACAAUUGCACCGAGCCGAGGGCGUGAUUUCAGAGAUGCAGGAGCAUGGGAUCCCUCCAAGUGCAGCUGCAUACAAUGCAUACCUGGAUGGUCUACUGAAAGCAAGAUGUACCGAAAAGGCGUUCGAAGUGUAUCAAAGGAUGAAGAAGGAACGCUGCAGAACUAACACUGAGACGUACACCCUGAUGAUCAACGUAUAUGGAAAGGUUUGGAGAGUUCUUGUGCCGUGGGUGUGUCACCGGUUUAUCUUCAAGGUUAAGGCAAGUGCAUGAUGAACCCGUGCUUUGGCACAAUUUGCUCAUUGGAUGUUUUAUUGAUUCCUUUUAAUUGUGCUUAUCCAAUGUUCGUAUUUUUCUUAGUUCCUUCGGUUCAAGUUUUAUGAAUUAUGUUCAUGUCAAGAUUCCAGUUGUUCCUU